AUGGAGACUGCAUCAGGUACUUACGUCCCUAUGGACGAUGAUUACUAUUACGAUUACAAUGCAUCAUGGUUCAGUGGCAAUAUGUCGGGGCACCACAACCAUUACUUGACGGCCAUUCACGCUUACGAAAACAUCAUUCUCGUCAUCCUGCUCGUCGGUCUGGCUGGCAACUCGCUGAGUUUGUUCGUCUUUCUGAAAACGUUCUGCCGACCGAUGCGCAACAAGUCAGCUCCCUCCCUCGAAAGACCCGCGUACGCAGGGCUGUUGUCGCUGGCUGUUUCAGAUCUGCUCUUCUGUCUUGUGAAUCUCAUACUCUACGUUCCACAAGAAAUAUUUUCUGAAAAAAACCGAGCAGACUUCUACAAAGUGAAGUGUUUGUAUAUUGAAUCGUUGCGAGGAACCUUCAUAUUCAGCAGUACGUGGAUCACCGUCGUGACAUCUGCUGAAAGAUUUUUUGCUGUUUGGCAGCCGAUACGAGCGAGAAGAUGUUUGAAAGCCAGGAACAGUUUCAUUUCAUGCGCUGUCAUCACGAUUGUUUCCGUUUCGUUCAACUGUCCCAUGCUCUUCUCCAAAUUUCUUACCAAAGUUGUGACAACUGCAAAAUCUUCAAACUACACUCCAACUACUUUAAAAGCAAAUGAUGACAAUUUCAAGACCUCAACUGAAAGUUACUUGUUCAAUUUCGUCCUCGUGCACGGGGAUCUCAUGGUGAACGACUGCUUCGACAUCAUCUACUACGUUUUCCUUGGCAUCUUCGACACCAUCAUCCCAUUCAUCGUCCUGGCAACUUGCAACAUUGGACUGGCUGUAAUCUUAUUACAAAAACGCAAUGGAAAGUGGAUGCCGACAUCUUCGUCGACGAAAUUCCGACCUUCCACGCCAACAAUGUUUACCUCACUGACGGGCUCACGAACGAGUUUGGUGAGCGACUUUUCUUGCAGAACCAGUCACAUCAGAAGUCUCUCCGAUCCAAACGUGGCCGCAAAUGUUCAGAGCAAAAUGUCCAAGUACUUUCCCAGCCAACAAAAUAAAACGAAAUUAGAAGACCCAGCAAAGAGACAUCAAACCCAGAAACAACGAACCCCACUCAGUUGCUAUCGUAAUAAUCAGCGAACAAAAUAUACCGAUUGUACGAAAAUAAGCGUGAUGGUUUUUGUGAUGGUCACAAGUUUUUUGGUGUUUGUCUUGCCAUCACUCGUCAUCAAGUGGUUGGAUAUGUUUCUCAAAUUUUCAAGCAAGGAGAACCACCUCUACGAGCUGGAACUCAAGCACGAACUCAAACGUGAACAUGCACAAGAACGUAACACAAACUUGAACAUGAAUGACAACGGCACAUGA